CUGGCCUGCCACUUCCCCUCAUUCCUAACUCCAGAUCCACCUGGGGGAAAAGAAAGAAGGACUGUGGUCUGCGCAGCUGGCAGGGCCAGGAUAUCAAAGGGUGCGCUGUCGCGGCGACUCCACUCCCCAACCCCCACCACGACCAGAGCGAAACCAGUUCCUGAUCACGGGGUGUCUCCAGAAGGGCCCAUGAUGAUAACGUUCAACCAAUUAAGCAGUCUCCAUAGCCACGUUCACUCUUCUCAGCUCCGAAGUUCAACAGCACCUCGUCCUGGCAGACCCGAAAUGAGAGAGCAUCAGCUGACCCUGAGCUUCCUGCGGAUCAGCAAGGGCCCCACGCAAGGCUCUCCCAGGGUCCGUAGAGUCAUCACCCCCACCCCCACCCCCCGACCAGGGACAUCACUCCUGAGGGCCAGGCGGGAUCCCGGACCCUGGCUGCACCGUGCGGAACAGCCCGGGGAGGAGGAGGCAGACGCGAUCCAAGCAUCACACAACGGGAUGGAUAAUCACAGCUUAAGAAGAGCUCCAACCCCUCCAUGGGGGGAGACUGGGCUAGAGCACCCGGUCCCACCCAGCUGUGCAGGGCUGGGCCAGGUGAGCGGACCUAACAGACCGGCAGCGGGGCUCGGGGGCAUUAGCCUCACUGGUAUUGCCUUCCAGUGCCCUCAUACCCAGGAUCUCAGAGAGAAGCACACCCAGACCGUGGAAAGACUCAAGAUCAACACAUUCAUGGAUUCCGGCUGCCGGGGCAGGAGGGUUGGAGGGUCGGAGGUGGGGGCGUGGUCUAGCCCCAGAAAUAAGGGUAAGGAACAAGCAAGGUGGUGAAUGUCCCAUGCGUCCCGCUGGCCCUGGCACCCAGCAGCUACCGAAUAAAU